UUCCUGAACCGGAAGUGGAGUGCAAGAGGAGUGGAGAGGUGGGAGAAGGCAACUAGUAGGCCAAGGAAGGCGAGGCCAGAAACGAAUUGCCAUAAUCUCAUCGUAAAAUAAAUUCAAGUAGUAGCAGCAGUGCAGCAGUACCACUACAAAUAUCACGAGACCCAGCCCCGUCGAUCCAUUUUCGGCUUCCCUUCAUUUUUUCUCUCUCUCUAAAACUUUCCCCAGAAAACAAAAUCCAUUUCUCCGAAGCUCCUCCACCAACUUCUUCUAGUCUACUUCACUCUCUUCAUCGCGCAGUCAAUUUGCGUAGCAGAUAUGUACACUCAGCCAACUUGGUGAUGGAUUUUCUUCACUUUACUUGGUAGAAAGGCAUCGAGACAUGGAGUUUGCAAGUAGUUUCAAUCAGGCAAAUGUAAUUCAUGCAAGUAAUGUCGUUAGCUACAGGAGUCUAGAACAAUUUAAUCUCUCUCCAGGUAUUAGAUGUAAAAGCUUUCAUCUUAGAUUUCUUGGUUACCCAAGACUUUUGGUUAGAGCAUGUCCCAUUCGGAGGUUGAAACAGAGCAGUGCUUAUUGCGGUAGCAUCAUUAGAAGCCAAGUAAACAACUUUUUACAGCCCUAUGAUUCCUAUAGAUCGGCUGCUUACUAUCCUCGGAGUGUUUUCAAAGCAUUAAAGCAAGUUCCACCUCACUGUCAGGGAAAUGAUUCGGUAGCUUUUGUUGAUGGUAGUAAUAGGGAUUUAGAUGUCUCCGAAGGAGUUAAUGAUGAUGUCUCUGGGACUGCGUCUCAUACCAGUGAAGAGUCAAGUGUAUUGAAAGAAGGACCAGAAGGAGAAGAACCAGAGGUGCCUAGUUUGGAGGAAUUACGGGAAUUGCUGCAAAAGGCACUCAAUGAGUUGGAGGCUGCAAAGGUUAACAGCACUAUGUUUGAGGAGAAAGCACAAAGGAUAUCUGAAACUGCUAUAGCAUUAAAAGAUGAAGCAGCAAAUGCUUGGAAUGAUGUUAACGGUACCCUCAGUAGCAUCCAAGAGAUUGUAAAUGAAGAGGCUGUUGCAAAAGAAGCUGUCCAGAAAGCAACCAUGGCCCUUUCUUUGGCUGAGGCGAGGCUUCAGGUUGCAAUUGAUUUGUUAAGAACUGUGAAUGAAAAGAAUAGCCGCUUGGAAACUGGAGAAACUGCUGGUGAUGAAAGUGGAGGGGAAGAAUUAGAUUCAUUUAGAAAGGAAGAAGAAGAGCUCUUGGCUGCUCAGGAGGAUAUAAGAGAAUGCCAGGACAAUUUAGCGAAUUGUGAGUCUGAACUGAAUCGGUUACAAAGUAGAAAAGAAGAAUUGCAAAAGGAAGUGGACAGGUUGAAUCAAGUUGCUCAGCUAGCUGACAUGAAUGCCUUGAAAGCAGAGGAGGAUGUAGCAAACAUAAUGCUUUUGGCAGAGCAAGCUGUUGCUUUUGAACUUGAGAUCGCACAGCGGGUGAGUGAUGCGGAGAUCGCCUUACAGAGAGCAGAGAAGAAUCUAGCCAGUUCCGAUAUUGAUCUCUCUGAAACCACAAUGCCGCAAAAUGCAUUUACGUCCCAAGAACUGUUGCUAGGUGACAUAGCAGUUGUUGAGGAGCUGAAUGAAGGAACAAUUGUCAGUGCCAGUGAGAAAAGCAUGAACCUGACUGGUGAUGGUAAUAAGUUAGUUUUUGAGACUAUACCUGACAAUCAAUUUGAUACUUCCAAUCUGAGGUCUGACAGUCUUUCUGAUGGAAGUGAUGAAGAGAGCGGGAGAUUUAGGGUAGAUUUAGAAAGAGAUGCUGAAGUAGAAGCUGACAAAGUUAAAGUUGGACAAAGUAAAAUGCAGGAAGUUCAAAGAGAAUUAAAUAAGGAGGGGUCACCACUGAUUGCUCCAAAGGCAUUACUGAAAAAAUCAUCCCGUUUCUUCUCUGCUUCAUUUUUUUCAGCUGCAGAUGAGGAGUUCACACCUGCUUCACUGUUUCGCGGUCUUAUGGAGACUGCUAGGAAAGAGUUGCCAAAGUUGGUUGUUGGGUCAUUGCUUGUGGGAGCAGGGAUUGCAUUUUAUGUCAAACGGGCAGACAGGCUACCACUGCUAUUUCAACCACCAGAUCUCAUCACUUCUAGCAUCGAUGAAGUUUCUACAAAUGCAAAGCCUCUUGUUCGACAAAUGCGUAAAUUGCCUAAAAAGAUUAAGAAACUAAUCGAGAUGCUUCCACAUCAAGAGGUAAACGAGGAGGAAGCAUCCCUUUUUGACGUGUUAUGGUUAUUACUUGCAAGUGUUAUUUUUGUGCCGAUUUUCCAAAAAAUUCCUGGAGGCAGCCCUGUUCUUGGGUAUCUCGCUGCUGGAAUUCUGAUUGGACCCUAUGGUCUUUCAAUUAUUCGUCACGUACAUGGCACCAAGGCAAUAGCGGAAUUUGGAGUUGUCUUCUUGCUAUUUAAUAUUGGCCUUGAGCUUUCUGUUGAACGUUUAAGUUCCAUGAAGAAAUAUGUUUUUGGAUUGGGCUCCGCUCAGGUCCUGGUGACAGCUGUAGUAGUUGGCUUGGUUGCUCAUUUUGUUGCUGGGCAGGCUGGUCCUGCUGCAAUUGUGAUUGGUAAUGGUCUUGCAUUAUCGUCUACUGCUGUUGUCCUCCAGGUAUUACAAGAACGAGGGGAGAGUACAUCUCGCCAUGGACGAGCUACAUUCUCUGUUUUACUUUUCCAGGAUCUGGCCGUGGUGGUUUUGCUUAUCCUAAUACCCCUUAUUUCACCAAAUUCAUCUAAAGGAGGGAUUGGUUUUCAGGCCAUUGCUGAAGCCCUUGGAUUGGCUGCUGUCAAGGCAAUUGUUGCUAUUGCUGCCAUUAUUGCUGGAGGACGCUUAUUGCUUCGGCCAAUUUAUAAGCAAAUAGCUGAGAAUCAGAAUGCAGAAAUAUUCUCUGCAAACACACUUCUUGUUAUUUUGGGAACCAGUCUCCUAACUGCCAGGGCUGGCCUAUCUAUGGCUUUGGGUGCAUUUUUGGCUGGUUUGCUUCUAGCAGAGACUGAAUUUUCAUUGCAAGUGGAAUCAGAUAUUGCUCCAUAUCGUGGCCUUUUAUUGGGCCUUUUCUUCAUGACGGUUGGAAUGUCAAUUGAUCCUAAACUUCUUGUUUCUAACUUUCCUGUCAUAGCGGGGACAUUAGGACUUCUGAUAGCUGGCAAGACCAUUUUGGUUGCUUUAGUUGGUAAACUUUUUGGGAUUUCAAUUAUAUCAGCUAUAAGAGUUGGCCUUCUGCUUGCUCCGGGAGGAGAGUUUGCCUUUGUCGCCUUUGGUGAAGCUGUUAAUCAGGGAAUAAUGUCUUCUCAGCUAUCAUCUUUGCUGUUUCUCGUGGUGGGUAUUUCUAUGGCCCUUACACCUUGGUUAGCUGCUGGAGGCCAGCUAAUAGCCUCUCGUUUUGAGCUCCAUGAUGUCCGAAGCUUAUUGCCUGUGGAAAGUGAGACUGAUGAUUUGCAAGAUCAUAUCAUUCUCUGUGGAUUUGGACGUGUUGGUCAGAUCAUUGCCCAGCUUCUUUCAGAACGGCUAAUUCCAUUUGUUGCUCUUGAUGUGAGGAGUGAUCGAGUGGCGUUUGGUCGUCAACUUGACCUUCCAGUAUAUUUUGGUGACGCUGGCAGUCGAGAGGUCCUCCAUAAAGUUGGUGCUGAAAGAGCAUGUGCGGCGGCAAUUACUUUAGAUACUCCUGGUGCAAAUUACAGAACUGUUUGGGCUCUGAACAAGUAUUUUCCCAAUGUCAAGACAUUUGUCCGUGCUCAUGAUGUUGAUCAUGGCCUCAAUUUGGAAAAGGCUGGUGCAACAGCGGUAGUUCCAGAGACUUUGGAACCAAGUCUACAGUUAGCAGCUGCAGUACUCGCACAAGCUAAACUGCCUGCGUCAGAGAUUGCAGCAGCAAUCAAUGAGUUUAGGUCACGACAUCUUUCAGAGCUUACUGAGCUUUGUGAAACUAGUGGAAGUUCUCUUGGUUAUGGAUUUACAAAGAUCAUGAACAAACCGAAAUUGCAGCCACCGGAGUCUUCUGACGAUAAUCAAGUCAAUGAAGAAAUACUGGCAGUAUAAUUCAUCUUGCCUGAUGGGAGCAAAAAGACCAAGGGGGGAUUUUUGUCGAUCCCAAAAAGGAUCGACAUUAGAUCAAAGGGCCUCCUCUUAGCCAUUAGAUCAAAGUCCAAUGAUUGUCUACAGUCCAGUUAGUCUCCUUGUACCCCAUAUAGCACGCUCUUAGGGUUAGGUACAUGCCGCUUGCCAAAAAAUGACGAAAACAUGAAUUGGCAAAAGCAGAUGUGAAGCUGAUAUGGUGAUGGUGGUGGGCUUGGGGAGCGGUCUGAAAAAACUUCUGAGCAGAUGUAUGAAUGAAUCAAUUAAUUCUUACAAUAAAUGGAUACGAUAUAUAUAGAGGGAAUCCAAUCAACUUAUUUUUUAUC